AUGCCACAGGAGCACACUCAAGACCAAGUCUAUGCCGCCUCACUUGCCGACCCCGAGGCGUUCUGGACACGGCAAGCGGAGAAUCUAUACUGGCACAAGACACCCUCCAAGGCCGUCGAAAAAAGUACCAAGCACCUCAAGAAAAGCAGAGUAUCACACGAUGACUGGAGUUGGUUCGCAGACGGUGAAAUCUCAACGACAUAUAACUGCGUCGACCGACAUGUUACCAGUGGGAAUGGCGACAAUGUAGCCAUCUACUGGGACAGUCCUGUUACAGGACAGAAGGAGCAAUUUACGUAUAAGCAACUGCUCCAAGAAGUAGAGACACUCGCUGGUGUUUUGAUAGAAGAGGGGGUGAAGAAGGGCAACGUGGUGUUGAUAUACAUGCCUAUGAUACCAGCCGCCCUCUUUGGUAUGCUUGCGAUCGCUCGAAUUGGAGGCAUUCAUGCUGUGGUCUUUGGCGGCUUCUCCCCCGCGGCGUUGGCGCAAAGGAUCGAAGCGAGCCGUCCGGUGGCGAUCAUGACAGCGUCGUGCGGCAUCGAAGGAGCGAAGAAGCCGAUGGGAUACAAAGCAAUGAUUGAGAGUGCAGUCCAACAGAGUAGGUUCAAACCAUCAAAGACGAUCAUCUGGCAGAGGGAGCAGCUGAGAUGGGAGCCGGUGUUGAAAGAGAACGGCCAACGGAACUGGCAACGGCUUGUGAAGAGCGCGAGGAACCGAGGCUUGAAGGCUGAUGCUGUACCGGUCAAAAGCGGAGAUGGGCUGUACAUCAUCUACACAUCUGGAACGACUGGCCUACCAAAAGGGGUUGUCCGCUCAGCAGGUGGCCAUGCGGUUGGUCUUAACUUCUCCAUGAAGUAUCUGUUCGGCAUCCAUGGUCCAGGUGAUGUGCAAUUUACCGCUUCGGACAUCGGAUGGGUGGUUGGGCACUCGUAUAUUGUCUACGCGCCUCUCUUCGUUGGUGCUACUACGGUCUUGUUCGAAGGCAAACCCGUUGGAACUCCCGAUGCAAGCACGUUCUGGCGCAUUGUCGAAGAUUACAAGGUGACUACCAUGUUUACCGCUCCAACAGCUUUACGCGCGAUCCGCAGGGAAGACGGAGACAACGAGUUCUUUGAGACGUGGGGAAAGAAGGGCGCCUUGAAGACGCUUCGCGCGCUCUUCCUGGCAGGCGAGAGAAGCGAGCCGAGUAUCGUGCAGAUGUACCAGCAGCUGUUGAUGAAGCAUUGCGCUCCUGGUGCAAUGGUCGUCGACAAUUGGUGGUCAUCAGAAUCGGGUGCGCCUAUUUCCGGGAUCGCUCUUAGUGCUUCUGCAGGUUUCGACUUGUCUUCUUCACACGGACCAGAGCCGCUUCCAAUAAGGCCUGGUUCUGCUGGAAAGGCAAUGCCGGGCUUCGACGUGCGCAUUGUCGAUGACAAGGGAAGGGAGUUAAGGAGAGGUGAGAUGGGCAAUAUUGUUCUGGGCAUACCGUUAGCGCCGUCGGCGUUUACAACGCUCUGGAAGGACGAAGAGCGCUUCUACAAGGGCUAUCUGAAGAGAUUCAAUGGGAAAUGGGUCGAUACGGGUGAUGCAGGCAUGAUUGAUGAGGACGGUUACAUCUCAAUCAUGUCACGGGCCGACGAUGUGAUCAAUGUCGCCGCCCAUCGAUUCAGUACUGGUGCUAUUGAACAAGCCAUAACCACCCAUCCCUCUAUCGCCGAGGCUGCGGUAAUUGGAAUCCCCGACGCGUUAAAGGGGCAUCUGCCUUUUGCGUUUAUUACGCUUGCAACGCACGACCAUGCUGAUGCUGCGGUGGCGGACGAGCAGCUGUUUGCGGAGGUGCAGAAGCUUGUGCGUGAGCAGAUUGGCGGCAUUGCGGCCCUUGGCGGAAUCAUUCAAGGCAAAGGCAUGAUUCCCAAGACACGGAGUGGCAAGACACUGAGAAGGGUGUUGAGGGAGCUUAUCGAGAAUGCAACGCACGAGGAGUUUGACAAGGAGGUCAAUGUGCCGAGCACGAUUGAGGAUGGCGAGGCUGUGAGCGUGGCACGGGAAAAGGUGCGGGAGUACUUUCAAGUCAGGGGCAAGGACUUGCACAAGGCUACGGAGGCGCGGGCAAAGCUCUAA